GUUGGAAAAUGAAAUUCGCGGAUGCUCCAUCUGGGCAGUAGAACUCUUGAGGAGAGCUAUAAAGGAGAGGAUCGAACGCGACAACACACACGAGUUGAUACCAAAAUUAAAUGCGAUUACAUUGGAUUUUUUCAUAUGGGAUUUCGCCAAAGAACAUCUUGAUGAGUUAGCU